AAGGUUAUAUCGUGAUAUCAAAACAAGAGAAGAAAUUGUUUUACCAAAAUGUAAUUGCUUAUAAAUUACAUUCAGUGUAAAUGUUCAGAAAUAUUUAAUACGUGUAAAUUUAUUUUAAAUUCAAUUUCGCAAUUGCAUAUUCUAGAACCAAGCUAGUUCAAUUAUUAUAUCAAAUAAUGUGGCCAUUAAUACUGCAGUUCAUGAGAGCUAAUGCGGCUUACAUAACCCUCCCGGUUGCGGCUUUAGUAGGAGUCAUAGGAUACAACUUGGAAAACAUAUUGUCCGAUAAAUACACACCGUAUAACAAGUCCAUCGAAGACCAACGUGUAGACAGGCUAACGGAUGAAGUAUUGAAAGACCCAACCAAUGUGAAGAAGCUGAAAUAUCAGGAGAAUGUGCUCGGAAAGAAUGUUUCCCCUUCGCUAGAAAAAGACUAGUCUUAUAAAAAAGAGUUUAUUAGUUUCAAACGGGAUUCGUGUAUCGAACUAAAGAUCCAUACUGUGAUUGAAAAAAUUUAAAUGUCACACAUUUUAAUGCAGCCAAUGUUACCGAUUAAUUUUGAUUUCUGUUUAAGAUCAGGAACAAGAAACAUGUUACAACAUUGCAAUUUCAGCAGUAGAUCUGCUGAGGUGAAUUAUUAGUUUAUUCAUUAAUAUAUUUCUCUUUCCAAACUCUAAUUCUGAUUUUGAAACUAAUAGACUUCCAUUCUUUGUUGGUAUUGUAAUAAAUGAAAUGAAUUUGUAAAUAAAUUGUU